GCCACAACAACUAAGAGCACAACUGUUAGUACAACUGAGACAACUACACCAACCACAACAACAGAACCAACAUCAGCCACAACAACUGAGAGCACACCUGUUAGUACAACUGAAACAACUACACCAACCACAAAAACAGAAUCAACAUCAGCCACAACAACUGAGAGCACAACUUUCAGUACAACUGAAAAAACUACACCAACCACAACAACAGAAUCAACACGAGCCACAACAACUGAAAGCACAACUGAAACAACUACACCAGCCACAACAAAUGAGAGCAUAACUGUUAGUACAACUGAAACAACUACACCAACCACAACAACAGAAUCAACAUCAGCCACAACAACUGAGAGCACAACUGUGAGUACAACUGAAACAACUACACCAACCACAACAACAGAAUCAACACCAGCCACAACAACUGAAAGCACAACUGUUAGUACAACUGAAACAACUACACCAACCACAACAACAGAAUCAACAUCAGCCACAACAACUGAGAGCACAACUGAUAGUACAACUGAAACAACCACACCAGCCACAACAACUGAGAGCACAACUGAAACAACUACACCAACCAUAACAACUGAGACCACAACUGUUAGUACAACUGAAACAACCACACCAGCCACAACAACUGAGAGCACAACUCUUAGUACAACUGAAAUAAGUACACCAGCCACAACAACUGAGAGCACAACUGUUAGUACAACUGAAACCACUACACCAGCCACAGCAACUGAGAGCACAACUGUUAGUACAACUGAAACAACUACACCAACCACAACAACAGAAUCAACACCAGCCACAACAACUGAAAGCACAACUGUUAGUACAACUGAAACAACUACAUCAACCACAACAACAGAAUCAACAUCAGCCACAACAGCUGAGAGCACGACUGAUAGUACAACUGAAACAACCACACCAGCCACAACAACUGAGAGCGCAACUGUUAGUACAACUGAAACAACUACACCAGCCACAACAACUGAGAGCACAACUGAAACAACUACACCAACCACAACAACUGAGAGAACAACUGUGAGUACAACUGAAACAACUACACCAGCCACAACAACUGAGAGCACAACUGUUAGUACAACUGAAACAACUACACCAACCACAACAACAGAAUCAACCUCAGCCACAACAACUGUUAGUACAACUGAAACAACUACACCAGCCACAACAACUGAGACCACAACUGUUACUACAACUGAAACAACUACACCAGCCACAACAACUGAGAGCACAACUGUUAGUACAACUGAAACAACUACACCAACCACAACAACAGAAUCAACAUCAGCCACAAGAACUGAGAGCACAACUGUUAGUACAACUGAAACAACUACACCAACCACAACAACAGAAUCAACAUCAGCCACAACAACUGAGAGCACAACUGUGAGUACAACUGAAACAACUACACCAGCCACAACAACUGAGAGCACAACUGAAACAACUACACCAACCACAACAACUGAGACCACAACUGUUAGUACAAAUGAAACAACUACACCAGCUACAACAACUGAGAGCACAACUGUUAGUACAACUGAGACAACUACACCAACCUCAACAACAACCACAACAACAGAAUCAACCUCAGCCACAACAACUGAGAGUACAACUGUUAGUACAACUACACCAGCGACAAAAACUGAGAGCACAACUGUUAGUACAACUGAAACAACUACACCAGCCACAACAACUGAGAGGACAACUGUUACCACAACAACUGAGAGCACAACUGUUAGUACAAGUGAGACAACUACAACUACUGUUAGUACAAAUGAAACAACUACACCAGCCACAACAACUGAGAGGACAACUAGCACAACUGUUAGUACAACUGAAACAACUACACCAGAAACAAAAACUGAGAGCACAACUGUCAGUACAACUGAAACAACUACACCAGCCACAACAACUGAGAUCACAACUGUUAGUACAACUGAGACAACUACACCUGCCACAACAACUGAGAUCACAACUGUUAGUACAACUGAGACAACUACACCAACCACAACAACAGAACCAACAUCAGCCACAACAACUGAGAGCACAACUGUUAGUACAACUACACCAGCGACAACAACUCAGAGCACAACUGUUAGUACUACUGAAACAACCACACCAGCCACAACAACUGAGAGCACAACUGUUAAUACAACUGAGACAACUACACCAACCACAACAACAACAACAGAAUCAACAUCAGCCACAACAAUUGAGAGCACAACUGUUAGUACAACUGAGACAACUACACCAACCACAACAACAGAAUCAACAUCAGCCACAACAACUGAGAGCACAACUGUUAGUACAACUGAAACAACUACACCAGCCACAACAACUGAGAGCACAACUGUUAGUACAACUGAGACAACUACACCAACCACAACAACAGAAUCAACAUCAACAACUACACCAGCCACAACAACUGAGACCACAACUGUUAGUACAACCGAGACAACUACACCAGCCACAACAACUGAGAGCACAACUGUUAGUACAACUGAGACAACUACACCAACCACAACAACAACAACAACAGAAUCAACAUCAGCCACAACAACUGAGACCACAACAACUGAGAGCACAACUGUUAGUACAACUGAGACAACUACACCAACCACAACAACAGAAUCAACAUCAGCCACAACAACUGAGAGCACAACUGUUAGUACAACUGAAACAACUACACCAGCCACAACUGAGAGCACAACUGUUAGUUCAACUGAGACAACUACACCAGCCACAACAACUGAGAGCACAACUGUUAUUACAACUGAAACAACUACACCAGUCACAACAACUGAGAGCACAACUGUUAGUACAACUGAGACAACUACACCAACCACAAUAACUGAGACCACAACUGUUAGUACACCUGAAACAACCACACCAGCCACAACAACUAAGAGCACAACUCUUAGUACAAAUGAAACCACUACACCAGCCACAACAACUGAGAACACAACUGUUAGUACAACUGAAACAACUACACCAACCACAACAACAGAAUCAACAUCAGCCACAACA